GGUUUGGUUAGUUUUGGGUAAAGAGUGUAAGUCGCUUGUCUCCAUACUCCGGACCAGCAGGUGGCGGUAAUGCACCAAUAAGAUGGAUGCCAACCGCCGUAAAAGCACCAGAAGAAGAAAAACUCGAGCGGACUCUUUUCCUCAAAGGACUCUACAACGUCUAGUCCGGUUUGUUUAGACCAGAGACCGGAUACGAGAAGGUUCGACAUGCACCAUUAAACUAGACGGCAUUCACGAGGACAGCGACGUGUUCUCUUCCUAUUCCCAACGGCUGCCGUAACCAUGACAACAACAGAAGACGGCCGGAAGUCGACAGUUAACAGGACCGCGUGUUGGAGGGUCCGAGUGAGCGAAGCGUUUUUAACGGAGUUGUCUGGAGGAAACGUUUCUGUGAGCUCGUGAAGAUGUCUAAAGUCCAACAGCUGAGAUGUUUAGUCAACCAGCGACUAACUGCGGCUGCGCAAGAGAUCUUUGGUCUGUUUGAAAGAACGAUAGCAGAGUACGAGGAGGAACUUUGUAGUUCCAGAGAGGAGAACGAGCGACACCGGAAACGACUGGACGCUGUGUUCAACCCGGAAGUCCGGUUACACAGAGCAGAGGAUCCAGAGCCCCCCCACAUUAAAGACGAACAGGAGGAUCCAGAGCCCCCCCACAUUAAAGAGGAACAGGAGGACCCAGAGCCCUCCCACAUUAAAGAGGAACAGGAGGACCCAGGGCCCCCCCACAUUAAAGAGGAACAGGAGGACCCAGAGCCCCCCCACAUUAAAGAGGAACAGGAGGACCCAGGGCCCCCCCACAUUAAAGAGGAACAGGAGGAACUCUGGACCAAUCAGGAGGGAGAGCAGCUUCAAGGGCUGGAGGAGGCUGGUCUCAAGUUGUCAUUCACUGUAAAGAGUGAAGAUGAUGAAGAGGAAGCUCAGGCCUCUCAGCUUCAUCAAAGACAAACUGAACACAUGGAAACAGAAGCUGAUGGAGCGGAUUGUGGAGGACCAGAACCAGACAGGAAGUUAGAUCCAGAAAGACAUCCAGGACCAGAUACUGAUGAGACUGAGGACAGUGAUGAUUGGGAGGAGACUGAGGAACCUCAGUCAGAUGUGAACCCUCAAAACAAAGAAGUACCUGUAAGUGAUGUGAACUGUAGUACUGGAAAUACAUCAAUCAGCUCUCCUGAAUGUGCUGGAAGCUUUGACCACAAGGGACAUCUGGAGAAACCCACUAGCUCCAAAACAGGAGAGAAACCAUUUCAAUGCUCACUUUGUGACAAAAGAUUUGGAUUCAAUAAGUAUCUAAAGAGACACAUGACUAUCCACACAGGAGAGAAACCAUUUAGUUGUUCUGUGUGUGAUACAAUUAUUACACGCAAGGAUAACCUGAAUUAUCACAUGACCGUCCACACGGGAGAGAAACCAUUUAGUUGUUCAGUGUGUAGUAAAACAUUUCAACGAAAGAGAAACCUGAACGCUCACAUGACUGUUUGUCCACACAGGAGAGAAAACAUUUAGUUGUUCAGUUUGUGAUAAAACAUUUUCACAAAAGCACAAUCUGAAACAACAUUUAAUUAUCCACACUAGAGAAACUAAUUAGUCGUGGAGUUUCUCAACAAGAUUCUCUUGUCUCGGUUAUUCCAAAAAUCUCAAAUGUAGUUAUGAGAGUCUCUAAAUAAACAUUGUUAAACAUUUAAAAACUGUCAGGCUGAUACAGACUCCAACAUAAAUCUAUUCAGCUGAGAUUAAGCUACAAAUCAA